CGUAGCUGUUACGCAUCCAAAAAUCUGCUGCUCUGAUUUUAUACAACUGGGUUUAUCAAAGAGUUUAUUACAAAAAAAUUGUUUAGCAGCGAUGAUUUACCAUUGCUUAUUUUUAACUCGAAAAAUUUAAAACCGGUCUUACGAAAACUUGGCCAAAUGGGAAAAAUCGAGGACAAAUUUUUUAAAAGUCUUCCAAUUUUGGAUGCCCUUAAGAGUGUUUUUUCAGUUUAAAAUAAAUGUGUACGAGUUCAUCAAAAGCAUAAAUCCGUCAAUCCGGACCAAGGACGAGCAAAUCAACCCGACCCGUGCAGAUCAACAAUGUUGAGAUAAGUUUCCAGAAAUUUGAAAUAUCUAUACAUAGUAAAGUUUUAUCUUUAUUUGUGCAUCCAUCCAUUCAAUUCGCUCUGCUUCUCACUCACAACGUCCCUUUUUUAUGGCAUGACCAAACAAUCCGCUUUUGAAAGGGAUCAAUAAGGCUGCCCACUUUAUUUUCCUCUUGCGCGUGACAAAUAUUUAUUUAGCUUGUUCUACAAAAAUGCGUAAUUUUUCAGCGUGUAUAAUUGAGGAGACCUUUAACAUUCCAGGAACUGCGAAAGUGUAAACAAUUCUUCACUGGAUACUUAAUCUUUAUGUCGUUUUUGAUAGAUAUGAGAGCACUUAGUCAGCUUGAUAACAACUUAUACAGAUUGAGCGCUUAUCGUUUCUUAAAAUUGGAAAAAUAUCAAAAUUGUAUUCUCGCCUUAGUCACUUCUAGUGACUAUUUAGUUUCAUUUGAUAAGCUGGAAGAGAAUGAGGAAGAAGAAAAAGGGGCGAGGUGAGACUAAGGGAGAAAGUUUUUCUUAAAAAAACUUACAUCAUUCCAAUUUCAAUUUUUAACAAUGUGAAUAAAAUUAAAGUGUCCAAAGUCCAGUUUUGUCGGCAGGGAAAACCUCAGUUUUUUUACACCUCAGUUAAUGGACUAAGGCCGUCUCAAUUUCCCAGUUUCCUAUGGAUUGCUUCGCCGUAGUGUAGUGAAUCCCAGUCUCAUCUUACCUCCCACUUCUACCAAUGGUAGUCUAAAUACCAUGAGGUACAUUACAUCGAUAGCUUGCAAUAUAAUCACUACUUCCUCCAAUCUUGCUGUACAGUGAAAAUCAAAUUGCAUAAAAUGGCUUCCUCCAGUGAUUUGUCCACUAAAUAUUUGCGUUCACGCAGUGGCAAGACAACUAAAUUAACCGACAUCAUCAUCAAUUUUUAGUUAGUGGUAGAUUUAGUUGCACAAGAUUGCUAAUCCUGCCCGCCCCUGUCCCUAUUUGCAUAUCUCUACUAAAUUCUCCACAUAAAUUCGCGUCCGGCAACAAAAGUAGCUCAUAUCAAUCACGACGGCGACAUUGGGAUUACCAUAUCUCCACCACCACCACGACAUACUCGCUGCCGAGAAAGUUCCAAGUUUUCUGCGUGGGUUAUUAAGUAGCUACCUAAAGAAUUAAUUAUUCGAAAAGAAAAUAAAACGCUCGACUUCGGAUUGUCAAAGAGGCAAAAAAGGGAGUUUCACAUUCUCAUUUUGAAGCGGAUUCUAUCUAAAGAGAAUUUGACAGAUUAGAAAUGAGGACAAAACGAGGAGCUCUGGCGACUACGACCAAGGCAACCCGUACCAGUCGUACCAGCAUGGCUGCUAGAAAAACACCCCCAGAAGACGAGGGAGGAGAUGGAGCUCCUCAGAAGAAAAUGCGUAAUUUAUCUCCACCCGAAAAUCCGAUCGUGGACACCCCGAUUCCCCAAAGUGGCGACAUGUCAAAGCAGCUUGAGCAAAUAAUGACCAAAUUUAUGACGGAUGAAGACUUGAAGACAAAGCUGCGCCGGACCUUUCAAACUCUGAGUGCAGAACGACAACCAUGCGUGGAGGAGGGUGGUGCAACCCCAAAUUCGACCGUGGAAGAAAUGAUCGUCCUCGUCGACCCGUCCACCGUUUCAUCCACAGCGACGCCCACCCACGACGACGAGGAUGACGACGUGCCUCUCAUUUCCGACAACGAAGUCUAUCUUGUUUCAGAGGACGUUGAUAAUGAAGUUGUCGUUCCCUCUGGAAGUAAUACCCCGCCGCCGCCCUCCGGGGAGUCUGUCGUCGCCCCCUCUCCAGACCCCAUUCCUGCCUCGCCAAUGGAAGGAAUUCGAAUUCGGAACGACUUAUUCGAACCGGAAGACGCCGAACUCACCGCAAUUUUUGAAGAUUUGAAGAAGAAGUCGAAACUGAUAAUGGACAGCGUGAACAAGGUUAUCGACAAGUUUCAAAGGUCCUUCAAUCAGAGUGAGACCACUGUUGCGGAGAAGUUGAAAAAUUUCCACGAUAUUCAAACCUCUCUGUCUCUCAGCAUCGGAAUUUUGGACGUUUCAAACGUAAAACUCCAAAUAAAUGAGCAUUAUCUUUCGCAAGCCGGGCAAGACCGUUUUGCGUACGGAUUGAUCCAACGCAUCGCUACGGAAGAGAUGGGAGAGUAUUUCCUCAAAUUAAUAGCAAUCACAAUUUUCCUCAAGGUGCCGGCCUGCGACUUGUUCGCGACGCAGAUUACAAUCAUUCACUACCGGGUUUGUCGUCUGCUGAACUAUUACGCCAUCCUGGAAGGAGGUUCCGAUCCGGAAACCACUUUGCAAAAUAUCCUCCUCGCCAUUAUGCCGGAUGUUCGUCGUUACAACGUCUCGGCUGAAGCUAUCGCCCGGACUUGGGACAAAGUUAGCAUGUUCCACCUGCGAGCUACGUAUGUUAAACAUUCCGUUCUGUAUGACCAGACGAACCUGGGAUUUCUAGGGUUUGGACGACAACUUGACGCAAUUUUGAUCAAGGUUAAGGAGAUGGUUUAUCGCGAGAGAAACAUGCCCCCUCCGCCGCAAAGGGCAAGCUCAACGUUUUCGUUUGAAGAUGACAUGUAUAGUUUCUAUGAAAUUACGGGAGUCUCGCUAGAAGUUGUCCCUCCUGUUCUUGUGUCCUCAGCGACGAACACACUGCAUCGUAAUGGUCAACCAACGACUACUUCUGUCAACAUGAAUCAAAGCCCGAUGUCAAUGUUGAUGCAAGGAUGCUCCAUGACAAGCGAGGACGUGUUUCGUACUCCAACAUCAAGACCGGUGCAAAUGGCUGGUUAUUGUCCCAUCCCAACUUCAGCUCCGACAGGAUUACAAAAUAUCAUUAUUCGUCCCUCAGGACCGAGACCAAUGCAAAUGAUGGGUUAUUCUCCCUUCCAAAGUCAGGCGUCAAUGGGGUCACCAAAUAUCUUAGCGCGUCCCCCUACAACGCAAAUGGUGGGUUAUUUCCCCAUCCCAAGUUCGGCGCCAACGGCGUCACAAAAUAGCGUGGCUCGACCACCAACUACACCCAGGAUAAUUCAAAUAUGCAUUCGAGGUCAGGCUCCAGGUCAAACUGGAUCACAAAAUAUCUUAGCUCGUCCCCUGACACCGCAAAUGGUGGCUUAUUCUCCCAUCCGAAUUCCGGUGCCAACGGCGUCACAAAAUAACGUGGAUCGUCCCCCUACGUCGCAAAUGAUCACCGCACCAAGUCCGGCACCAACAGUGUCACAAAACCGCAUGGCUCUUCCCCCUACACCGAGGCCAACUCAAAUUCGAGGUCAGGCCCCAGGUCAAACUGGAUCACAAAAUAAUAUGGCUCAACCUAAUCAUACCAACAGUCUCCCUACUUCUGCCGCAUUUUUCGCCGCUCGGCGUACAAACGACACCACAAAUUCUCCAGGUGGAGCACGAUCGGCGUCUUCUUCUUCUUCUGGUGAAGUACGACCAACGAGCAAUUAUCCUCGUUUCCUUCGACAAUAAUAAGUAUACCACAUCUAUUAAGCACUGACUGUUUAAUAAUAUGUAUGCAUCUUCUAGUUAAGUACAAAGGCUACCCUUCAUGACUAUAGCUGACCCAUAGUAGCUAGUCUAUCAUUCUUGUUUUUUACGAGAAAUCAUGCAUUUUUAGCAGUUUUAAAAAUACUUACUUUCCUAACUGUUACGUAUACAAGUUACAUUUUACUGAUUGUUCUGCUGCAUUAUUAUCAAGAUACCAUUUUUAAUGCUAACCACAAAUUUGCCAUGUAGGUACUCCUCUCUCUAUCUAUACCUGUGCCUGAUUAUUAAUAUGUAUGUAGAUAGCCAGUCUUGAGACGUGAGACGGUGUGAAUGUAUGCCACACAUAAGUACAUAAUACGUACAUACGCUAUGGAAACGAGUACUAAUAAAAUACUAGUAACAAGAA